AUUCCAACCAAUCAGUGAUCGCGGCUCACAAUUCGAACGUCAACUCGCUCAGAGAGACAGAGAAAGAGUCGGAUAUUUCGUGAUAAAAUGGCUUAUUUCGCUGCCUAAAUAAGCCACAAACGCAUGUUGUUGAAGCGAUAUACAAACCAAAUUGCCUGGACGUAUCCACAUGCCGAGACUGAGCCAUGGUGAAAGAACGGGCCCAGAAGAAGUCUUUCCAGCAGAGUCUGGAGGACAUCAAGGACAGGAUGAAGGAGAAGAGGAACAAACGGCUGGCUAGUGCCUCGGCUCCCCGCAGAGGACGGUCCAGGAUGAUAAACAAAAGCAGUGUAACUAACUCCACACACACCAUCCUGAAGGAUGUCCAGCUGAACAACAAGGCGCUGGCCGUAGCCCUGCAAGCUGAAAAGGAAAAAGUGAGGCAGUCUAAUGUUGUGAUCCUGCAACUGAAAAGGGAGCAACAGGCCCUGUUCCUGCACCUGCUUCUGCUCAAAAGGAAGCUCAAAGAGCAGGAAGCGCUGGCAGCGAGUGCUUCAGAGACUAAACCUACAAACAUUCUUGUUGAGCCCCAACGCAAUGUGGAUUCAUCAAGGAGAAAGCGAAGCGGCCAGAAACUUGAUGAGCCCAAUGCAUGUGAAAUCUCGCCAAUUUGUGCAGACCCUCAUCCCUCUAAAAUGAAUGGACAACGUGAAUGCAACAAGCAGGUUACUUUGCCAUCUACAGUGGGUGUGAGGCGCCGACAUGCCGAUAGAAGGAGCACAAGAAGGUCUGAACGUGUGCGAGACCAGAGGUCGUUUAGUGAGGGUGACCCUGUUGCUGGUUUGGGGGCUUUAAUAGCAAGUCCUAUUCGCAGUGACAGUAAAAACCAAAAUCAAACACAGCAAGUAGCAGAACCAGAAAUUGUGGAUCCAGUUGACAAUGAAGAGUUUCAGCACUCUACCCCUGAACCUGUCCCACCCAAAAAAACCAACCAGCAGCAGACUAGCAGGAAACAAGCCCAGCAGCAACCCUGCACCAAACCAGAACCAGUUGCACGAAAACUCGAGAGAGGUCGCAAACCAGAGCGUGCCCCAUUAAAGAAACCUUGGGAAAACCCCAAACCAAGAGCCCGCUCCAAGAGUCGGGACCGGUCCGCCACACGGGCCAAAACGGCAGCUUGUCCAACACAGGGAAAUAAACUCAACACCUCGCUGGGAUUUAACGACACGUUUGACUUCGACUGUGAAGAGACGGUCCACAUCACACCAUUCAGGGCCAAGGCUGAGGACAAUCAGCCAGCCACACCCAUCAGCGAAGAGCCUCCACAGGCCCAAAAAGAUGCUUCACCUGCGGUUUUCAAUAAUAAUGAAUUAAGUUCAUCAUCACCAUCUUCUGAGUCAGAGGACAGCCUUUAUGUCCCACAGAAGACCAGGAGGAGACAGACCUCCCCUGAAAAGACAAAGACGAUCACCACUCGAAGAGGUCGGCCCUCUAAAGUAGCCAGGCAGAAAGAAAACAUCCCUCCAAAACAGGAGAUCUCUGUCUAUAGAGAUGAUGAGCCGAGCCCUAACACUGCAGAGCCUGAAAAGGAAGAAGUUCGUCUCGACCAGUCCCCUGACUCUAGCUUCUCUAACAGCCCUGACCCUGCGAGGUUAGGACAGGAAAAUCAACACGAGCCUCACAGAGAGGAAAUUGAGGAGGACUGUUUGCCGCCUGUCAGCCCUCUGGUUGAAGCUGAGAUGAUGAGAAUAGACAACGUCCUGUCCAAUUUUGGAGAUUCCUCUUGUGAAGCUCCGUCUCUUUUACCCAACCAAACGCCAAAGAGAGUUAAGACAUGCAAGAAGCGUGGGCUUGGUGUAAGGACAGCAGGGCGGGGCUUGAGUCUGUGUGAUGUGACCAAUAUGUCCCCUGCAGCCUAUCGCAAGUUCUCCUGUGGUGGAUCACGCCCCUCUGAUGCCCGAUGCUCCACCCCUGUUCCUGCUCGCAAGCGGCGCUGCACCAUGGUGGUGGACUACAAGGAACCCUCAUUACACGCGAAACUUCGGCGAGGAGACAAAUUUACAGACUUGCAGUUCCUCCGCUCUCCUGUUUUCAAACAGAAGUCUGGUAGGCGGUCUGUGCAGAAAUCAAGGAAGUCUACGAACGACCAGCAGCCAUUUGAGAAAUACAAUGAGUCAUUUGUUGGAUGUCGCUGAAAGCAGAUACUCUGUUUGUCCUCACUGAACUCUGAGUGUUUACUGGCAUUAUCAGUUUUAAUGUGAUUUCCUAGAGUUUUGACAGUUGAUCAUUCUGUAUUUCACUCUCAAGUUUGAAUUUCUUCAUAUGAUGAAGAACAACUGUGAUCAUUUGUAGAUUUUAUUUUGUUCCCUUAUUUGCAGAGCUUUAUCCUUUUUAUCUUCUCUCUCUUCUCCAUUUCUCUUCUUUAUCUUUAGGUAAAUGUAGUAAUGGCUUAUAUCUGAUUGUGGUCACAUUUUCCUUUUCUGUAAGUCGUCAUCAUACUUUUAGGCUGUAUGGUUUUAUUAUGAGAUCCUAAAUACGAGUAUUUAUGUCAUCUAAUGGAUUCACAUUUGUAUCUUCUUUAAUCUUACCUUGUGCUGUAUGAUAUGACAAUAAACUUUAUUGCUUCAUUUA